AUGUUGCGGUACGGUGGUGUAUUUUUUCUAUUAGUCAUCCCUAAGUUAGUGAUUGGUUUUACGGAUUGCCCUCCCGAACGAGAGCACGAAGUGCACAAUGAAGCUAAGCUCCACAAUGACUUAUUAUGCGCAUAUAACUCCGAUUAUCGUCCUGUGCAAGACCACAAAAAUACAAUUAAUGUACGUGUGCGAUUUGCUCUUAAAUAUCUUACUUUCGAUGCCACAGAAGAAAUGUUUACGCUACAUAGUUGGGUGGCCUUAAAUUGGAAAGAUGAAUAUUUGACAUGGACACCCAAUGAUUACGGUGGUAUAACGGAAAUCCAAUUAGAGAGCCACGAAAUAUGGUCUCCGCGCAUGGCCUUGUUCAACGCAGAUGCAUCAUCCUAUCCAUCGGAUUCCUUUUAUACAACAUGUUUAGUCAAUUCCAGUGGAACGGUUACUUGCGUCCCGCAGGUAGUACAUUCGGGAAUUUGUCGCACAUCUCUUCGUAGCUGGCCUUACGAUACACAAAAUUGUACACUCUACUUCGGUUCGUGGAUGCAUACUGGCGAGCAAGUGAACUUUACGUUUUAUAAUCAUAACCCGAUAGUGCUCGAUGACCACCAAGAUGGACCCGGCUGGAAACUCUUGAAGGCUUACAACGAACGUCUACCGGGAAAAUAUAGCUGCUGUCCAAAUAGCACAUAUCCUAUGUUAAAAUACACUUUCACGUUACAGAGGGAAGCGGCCGGACCUGCGGCUAUUGUAGUCAUUCCAUCGAUCGCCAUCGUGAUAUUAACAUUAACAAGCAUGCUCUUAGAAAUUAAGGAUAACACCAGGCUAAUGUUGAUAUGUUUUAGUUUAUUUGCACAUUUUGUAUUUCUAACAGAAAUUGGAUUUAUUAUACCUAAAUUUAGUUCUGAUACGCCCAUUAUUUUGCUGUUUAUUCGCGAUUCGAUGUUAGUGACUCUAGUAGGAGUCUUAAUAACAUUUUUGCUGAUGUCUAUAAGAAAACGUGCUGAGCCUGUUCCAGGGUGGAUUUUAACUAUCAAUCACAUCAUUACUUCCAGUCCAGGAAAAUACGUGAUAUUUACAGAAUUUGAUCCAAAUGAAGUACUUGAAGAGAAAAAUAUCACUGAGGGCUCCAGCACUAGUAAUGACAAGACGCGAGUUGCUAUGGAUUGGAUACAAUUUGCGAACAUUAUCAACACCUUUGUAUUUAUAGUGAUAUGUCUUACAUAUUUAGUUUUAAUCAUUAAUUACAUUCCCAGAGACUCG